AUCAGUACUGAGAUUUCAUAGUUGUCUGUGUUAUUGAAUUUUUCUUGUAAGUAUUUCCUUCAUUAUCUCUUUAAAUGAGUGAGCUUUAACCUUCUGUACCUUGAUGGGGAACAACCUACAGUGUGAAGAAUAACGAGAAGUAUGAAGAUGUGAGAAUGGGACGGUAUUAAAGGUGGAAAGAAGUGUUUGUGAUGGUCAACCUAAUUCAUCAAGGGAAGGACAGCCAUUUCAGACGAGGGUAUUUAACCAAGCAAAUUCAAGGAUAUAAGUAAAUCCAUUGAUAAUAUAACACCCAGCAGAUAUUACAUGAGUAGUGUAUACCGGAAAAGUUUCCCAGUGAGUUGCCAGUCAAGCCAGCACUGCCAAGAUGGCAACAGCUGGGCCAAGUAGCAGUAGUAAUAGUCGAAGUGAGAGCAGCAACAAUGCCUCUGGGGGAGCAGAGGGUGGAGGGGAGGAUGCCACUGACAGCUCAAACUUCGAGUGUAACAUAUGUCUUGACACAGCAAAAGAUGCCGUCAUCUCCAUGUGUGGACAUCUCUUUUGCUGGCCUUGCCUGCACCAAUGGCUGGAAACACGACCAAACAAUCAAACUUGUCCUGUAUGCAAAGCAGCGAUCUCACGGGAGAAGGUGAUACCUCUCUAUGGCAGAGGGUCAGGCAACCAGCAGGAUCCAAGAGAUAAACUUCCUCCUCGACCUCCAGGACAGCGCACUGAACCAGAACCCCAGAACGGUUUUAUGCCCGGGUUUGGAUUUGGUGAUGGUGGGGGAUUCCAGUUCCAUUUUGGCAUUGGUGCAUUCCCAUUUGGGAUCUUCACAACAUUCAAUAACUGGGGAGGAGGAGCAGCAGUGCCCCCAGCUCCAGGGACCCAGCAGUACCAAGAGGAACGCUUCCUUUCUCAAGUGUUGAUGGCGAUGGCUUUACUCUUCCUCCUCUGGCUUAUUCUUGUAUAAGGUGCAUCAUUGGAGUAUAUAUUGAUGCAGAAAACAAAUUCAAAGGUGAAGGCAUAUUACAGCAUCACUGACCCUGAGGCUGGGUCGAGUGCUUUUUAUGUUGACUUUUUUUUUAAGAGUUUUCUGUUAGCAAAGCUUUUCAUGGUUUUUGUUCUUUUGUCUAUCAUAUAAAGUAUUUUUAAAAGUCACUUGAAAAAUGUAGAAAUACGUGAGAUAAAUCAUAGCAUCCCCGCUACCUUUAAGGGAUGUUGGGCCUCAGUCAUCUCCAUGUCUGAUGUCAGCAUUAGUGUCUGUCUGUCUUUCAACUUUUUUUUUCCUCUCAUAGUUUGUGGACAUAGGUUUAUUAUUACAUGGUUUAAAUUUUAUAUAUCAUGGAUAUUUGAAACAUCAGUCAGAGAAUAUUUAAAAUUUGGGUUACAUAGUGGAUGGUGUCUUAUCAUCUUAAGGGGGGUUUAUGAGGGAUUAUUUACUACCUUUUGGAGACUUUUGGGUUACAUUUGAAAAUAUGAACUGGCUCUAUUAUCUCUUUUUUUUUAUAAGACCUUUUGUCUAUUCUUACCAUAAAACACAUACACUGAACCCUCAUUAAUUUUAUAUUUUGGGCUUAUUCACUAAUUUUUCUCACCACAGUUGUUGGUGGUACGGUGGUAAUGCGUGUAUCAUCUCCCCAUUAUAUGAAGGAUUCGAAUCUUGCUUGGCCUACCAAAAAUCACAGGUUUCUCGGAGUUCAGUUUCCCCUGAUCUCUUCUCUAAAAUUACACACUUUUUGCUGAUUCUUGAUAAAAAGGUGUGGUGUUUAUUGAGGAAACUGGCAAGGGUCUUUUUUGUACUCAUUAGGCAUGAUUUGGGGUGACUUCUAAUGAUAUAUAAUAACAUACAUACAUAAACUAGUCUUCCUGAAAUUAUCUGAACACAUCUUGAAGUUUCUAGUUUUGCAUCUGUAAUUUGAAUUUCUUUUCCUUCAUAUUGUAAAAUUUGAAAAACAUUUAUAUUUUUCAGAGAACCUUCGCUUAAGCUUAACUAAUAUGUAUAAAGACAGUUUUAGACAGUUUUCAGAUAUUAAGUCAUUGUUACAGCAUCCUUCACUUGUCAACAUCAGUAUGAAAUUAGGUCAAUUUAUUUAACACUAUGAUUUUUUUUAUUUAUUAAUGUAUGGUUCAGUACUGUACUUAGUUCUAUGACAAUUUUUAUUUGUUUAUUUGAUUUUUUUUUUUUUUUUUGUUAUUGUGAUGAGUAUUUUGCACAGUCCAUAUAUUAGAAUGUUUAUUUUGGCAUUUAUUGAAGUUUGAUCAUUCGAAGGGUAGUUUUAUGGCACUACCCAUACUUUCACAUUUUAUUACUUAUGGUGUUUCUUGUGAAUGAUAGGUGAUAACUGUGUACAGUAUACACAUACAGUAUACUAUACGUACUAUAAUUUGUAUUGUAUAUACUGUAUAUUUGAGGUGGUUUGAGAUGUAUAUAUCAUACCAUUAUAUUUAUUUAAAAAUUGAUAAACUAUAAUUGUGUUUUCUGUGUUUGUUUGUUUUUCUUUUGUAGCAUAAUUUCAGUAGCUAUACAUACAGGUUAAUUUGAUCAGCAAAAAGCCCCAAUAAUAUUGAAUCAGCGAGGGUUCAGUGUAUAAAUGCGGUGGAUUUACGAGAAUUAAUUAGUUUGGACAGUGAAAAAAAAAUGAUGAGGUGGCUCCAGAAACAUUAAGAAAGCAUUGGGUUGUAAAAGGGAAUAAAAUAAUCAGUUUUCAUGUCAUUACUGUUUGUAUUAUAAAAAAAAAAUCACACCAGGAAAUAUACAUGUUGACUUUAUCAUGUUCGUCUUGCUAUGAGUAUCACACAUUUCACAUGCACAUUGGUUGAAAAGUAUUCUUGUAGCGGAGAAAGUAACUUACAUACAAUACACAGUACCGGGUAUAUAUCUUUGGGUCUCAAAAUUGAAAAAGAUUGACAGUUUUAUAUGAGUAUUCCUUUGAAAUAUGAAUUUGAGUUAAACCAGAAAUAUAUCAUGUAAAAAAAUAUCACUCAGGUCUCAGGGAUAUUAAAACUAGUGCAUCAGUAAAUACUCCUUGUGUGACCUUAUAGACAGAGUUACUUGAGAGUGAGUUUAUAUUCCACUCUAUGAUGUCUUCUUCUUCUUCUUCUUACUCUUGGAAGGAAACCUGUCCUAGAUAAAGGUAUUCAGUGUAACCAUCAAUCAAGAGCAAACACAAACUAUCCAUUCAUUAGAUGUCAUAAAUAGUAACUGCCAUAACAGGUGAUGAGUUUUUGCUGUUAUGGUUUUUUCCCCUUUCGUAACUUUGGCCCCGACGUAGCCCAUCUGUAUUCUUAAGUCACAGGAGAGGGAAAUCUUAGUUCAUCUCGAUUAUUUUUCUUGAGAGGGAAGGAUGAGUAAUGAAAUUUGUGUGAUUCCAUGACACAAAACUAGAAGAAAAAACUUAAAUACAGUGAGAGCUUUUCUUAUAUAUAUAUAUAUAUAUUCAUAUCAUUGAUUAGUUAGGAUAUAUUUAUAAGUAGUUUGGGUAAUUAUAGUCAUAACAUUCAUCUCUGCUUUGGUUAGAAAAUCCAGUGCGGUGUACCUUAUAUUUGGAGGAUUGGUCUUUCACAUUGAGAAUCAUUUAGAAUGUACAGGUGAUGCAAUUGGGGAAGUAAUUUUGUAGAUGCAGUGAGUGUUGGAAUUUGCCCACUGUAGAUAUAUUAUUUAUUUUGUUUGUAGUGUUUGGGUACAUGUGUGUGAUAGCUUACCAGCCACAUUUAUAUAAGCAGGAUCUCAUUUUAAGGCAGGACGUAGCAGGUACAUGUACUGUGUCCACCGAGUCCAUCUGCCAAUACAUUUUUAUCCGUUUAUCUCCUGUCCAUUUGAGUGAUUAUGGUUGGAUUCCUUUGUUGAUUAUAUUUUCAUGGAUAAAUCAAUACAAUUGACUCAUAUCCUCAGUGUAGAUUGUAGUGAUAUCAACAUGAAGCAUUGGCUGGCUGCUACUUUACACACACACACACACACACACACACACACCUCCUUUGUAUAUGAAUGGAUAAAUUAUUUCACCAUGGAUAAAUUAUAUAUAUUGAAUAUACAUUAUCUCCCAUGGGACAAGUUUACAGAAUUUAUUUUUUUUGAAGUUGCUGGAACAUCUUCAGAUAAUAUGUACAGGGAUGUUGACUCUCACAGCUUUGUCCAUGAUUCUUCUGGAUUAGAUUUUCAGCUUAUGAUUUCAUGCUUAAGUACCACAAUCCUUUGGAGAGCAGAGUAUGUUCUGUGUUCUGCUGUGGCUGUUGACUGAUAUAGGAAAAUUAGCAAAUGUCGAUGGAGAACAAUUAUAAGGGCUGAUUCAUUGGAUUUGAUUUUGCUGAGCUAAAUGCCUGUACAAGUGUAAUAUGUAAUGAACAGUCAUUUUACUCAUGCCAUUUUUUAAGGUAAUAGAAUUUUUAAUUAUAUCAAAAAGGAAAAUUUGACUCGACCAUUCUCUGAAAAAGCCAACAAUAAAUAACAAUGCUUUGUAUGCAGUUUUGAUUAAAUUAGAACACAAUGAACUAACAGAUGGCUUCAUGUUGUUCAUGCCUGGAAGCCUGGAAUAAACACAGUCAUCUAAUUGCAAUGUUUGUUUCAAGAGUAUGAGUGUUGGCCAUUAAGGAGAGGCUGGGUUUAUGUUGUAUACUAAGCACAUAUGAUGUUUAUGAGAUUUGGGUUGAUUUCAUUCAGUCAAAUACUACAGUAUCCAUGGUGCAAAACAACAUAGGAGUCAAUAAUAUUGCAGAUGAAUUCUUACUAUGUUUUCUACAGACUUCAGGCCACAAAUAUUUAUGUCGCUGGUACGUGUUUAUUUGAUUCAAGAUUUUUUUAUUUUGGAAAUUAUAUAUUUUCUGGCUUUUGAACUAUGAAAUAAACAAAAGAAAAAAGUUAUAAUUUUGCAGACAAUCAGAUUUUUAGUUGCCUGUGUACAGAACUGGAUAAUUUGCAUUAUAAUAUUGUUUUGUCUUUUGAACCUCUUAUCAGAAAGUUGCAUUCUUCUGUGAGGGAAUUUUGUUGUGGCUCUUUUCUUCAGUUGCUCUCUGAUACUCUGAGGAAAGAUCUCAAGGACUGGACUCAGUCACAGCUUGGUGGGUGACCGAGAUCACUUGUUCAGCUCUUUGUUGUUUGUUAGCUUUACUAGGGAGCUUUUUGGUGGAGUGUAUUGACUCUAUAUUAUGAUUAGGGAAAAAUAAGACAAAUUGCUAGAAUACUGAACUAAGUAAUAUUGUGAAUAUGUUGGACAGUUUUGAGCUUUGUUGUUGUUGUGUUGGUCAAUAUUCCCCAGCAUAUGAACAUUCCACUACUGAAGUCCUUGUCUCAGCUUAGCUUUUGCUUUUUGGUUUGUUAAGUGUAAUAUCUUUCCCAUUACCAAAAUUGUUUGGGAAUCUCCAUUACUUAUUAAUUUUAUGUAAAACCAAGUACAGUAACUGGAAUAUUUUUUUUCUUUUGUUAGUUAUAUUUGUUAAGGUUUGAGCAACAAUGUAAAGUGGGAUGUUCUCCUCUAUUGCUCAGAAAUAGGAGGUGAUGUAUUUUGAUGUUGGGUUCAUUAUUCUCAGAUAUAUCCAGGGUAAUAUUAUUUAGUGUCAGAACUGAUGAAUUUUUUGGAUAAUAUAUGAACUUUUUAAAUAGAUAGAUAUAACAUAGUAUAUAUCUGUUUAUGUUUAAGAAAAAAAUUAUCUUUCAAUAGCCUUACCGGAAAAAAAUCAGAACUAAUGGCGUAGAUAUUUGAUAAUAUAUUUUAUGUAGAUUGUAUAUGAUAGUUAGAUGCAAUGUGUAUAUGUAUAUAUGUUUCCACUGUGUGUUCAUUACUGAAGAUGAAGUGUCUUUAUGCAAUGGUAAACCAUUCAGACUAAAAAUCUGCCAAUCUCCCAAUUUCCAUCUUGGGCAGCCCACUUAAAUGUGUACAAUGGUGUAUUGGGCACCCUUGUUACUAUAGCAAUGCAUAUUGCACCUCUCACUGGGAUUCUUUUAUCAUUUUUCUAAUCAAUGCCUCUAUGUCUUCCAAGACUGUCCCCCUCUACAUUAUCUUGAACAUCUCCUGAUCACCAGUCUCCACAUACAUACAGAAACUUCAUACACUGCCUUAGUCUUCAUGAAUCCCUACACCUCAUUAUCCCAUGUUCAGUCUUUCCAUUAAUCUGUUUCAGUCACUUUGUUGGACCAUUUUUAGCUGCAUCAGUCAGCUGUAUGAAUGCCAUUCCUGACCGACUCACAGAAAAACUUUUGCUCAGCUUGCACCAUCCGGCCCAUAAAGACUUAACUAUGUUGACACAGCUUAUGACCAGUUUUUUGUCACCCUUGUUAAAUUAAUCACUUUUUUUUUUAUGAACAGCUUAAUGUAAAGCCUCUUCACACAUCAUUUUCAUCACUUGUCUCCAUCUCAUUAACAGUUAGACAAAUUGGUUAAAUAGCUUUUAAUUCAUGCAAGAUUUCAUAUCAUAUAUUGCAAAUAAUUUUUCUUUGUUUAUUUGUUAUUGGUUAAUUUUAAUGCCUUGAGAAUAAUGUGAUACAUAGUUUUCUGUAUUAUUCUUAAUAUCUUAAAACUGUCACUCAUUCGUAUGUUCAUAAUUUAUACAUCUUUAGUAUGAAAGGGCCCUGUAAUUCAGUUGGUCACAUGUUAGACACCCAACCCUUGAGAUGGGUCAGUCCCAUGGCCAGGCCGUGUGCUUGGGGCAUUAGUCUGUCUGCUUGUGUGAGCACAGAGCUGCCAUCAAUCACAUCAGUUCCCAUUCUCACCUGGGGGGUACCUAACUUUUUUAUCUGUAGUUUGUUAGUUCAAUGAUCUUAUGAUUUUGAAUAAGUACUUAUAUUUUCUUCUUGUUUACCUGAAAUUUUUAAUUUCAGUUAUUUUGGGAUGAACACAAACUUAUUACAGAAUAAGUAGCAUAAAUAUUUACUCCUUUUUUUUUUUUACAUAUUAUUUCCUUAGUAAACAAUGUGUCAUAUCAUGCAAUUGUUUUGAUAUACAGUUUGUGUAUUUUGCAUGAUAUUUAUUGUUGUUUUUCUGUGACAAGCAAAUAGAAUCUACAGUAACUGAUUAGAAAACAUGGAAGGUAUUAUGUACAAUGAAAGACAAAAGUCGUGUCGUGAAAUUUGGUGAAAACAUUUGGUGCGCUCUGUCGUGUGGUAGGGGGCUCUCAUAGUGUUUCACGAGCUAUAUUUAAUCUUCGGACAAAACCGCGACACUACUUUUGUCUUUGAUUGUACACCCACUCCAAAAAGUAUAUUCACGGAUGGGUCCAACGAAUUUCAAAAUGAACGCUGCGACUUCCAUUCUGUUAUCUCGGCAGGAUUGCUAAAAUCCUUCGUCCGUUGUGUCAUAUUAUUUUAACACAAACUCAUAAAGAUACUGUACUUUUUGGAGUGAGUGUGAAAGUGAGUCCUAUAGGCAUGACUUCCCAUUAGGGACAUUGUGGAUACAGGACAAUGUAUACAGUACUAAGCCUUCGGUACACAAGGAGGCAGCAUGGCCGGUACUGCACUCGACCGCAUUCACUACCCCAAGCUAUGAACUUAGGUACCCAUUCACAACUGGGUGAACUGGAAGUGAAUGUAUGUGUGUUUAAAAAAAAAACUAUUCUGACAGUAACAUCUCAUCAGCCACACAGUAACUCCUCGGUGGAUGUGCUUUGCUAGAUUCUUUAAUUGGGUUUAAGUUAACAAUGAUUUAAGUUGAAAUUUGAGUGUUGGGUUUGUGAAAAUGUACAAAUUAAUGAGCCUGACAUAGUAAUGCAGUGAGAGAUAAGCAAGGAAGAAGUAUUAGUGUACAGUAUAUGGGUAUUGGGGUUUCGUUUCGAUAUAAAAAAAUGUUCCUUUAGAUGAUAAUGAAAAACGAUAGGAGUAUGUAUGUAUAUAUAGUAUUACUUUGGGCUUUUUAAAUCCAGACAUAGGCUAUAAGAGUGUUUGUGGAUUGGGUUUGUGUCAGAGAGUCUGUGUAUCAGGUUUGUGUAAGACUUGUGGAUCAUGUUUGUAUAAGAGACUUUGUGGAUCAGGUUUGUAGAUUAGGUUUGUGUAAGAGUUUGUGGAUUAGGGUUUGUGACUUAUGAUAGUGUGGUACUGUAUCAGGUAAGAAGUGUAGAUGAAACUUUUAUAUGAGAACAUGUCUGGAAGGCUACAGUGGAUUGAGAGAUUAGGUUAGGUUAGUUUAUGGUUGAAGGGAAAUUGAAUCAAUGAUACAUAUUGAUCCUGCCAACUUUGUACGAUUACCGUAUUUACAUUGAUGGGCAAAGUGAGUUUAUGACGAAUAAUCUGUUCUAUUUUAAACAUUUAUUAUGACAAAGUUUGAAAAUUUAAGGGAAAGCAAGAUGGUGUGUACUUGGAUGCCUAUUGUUUAUUCUGGUAAAAAGUUUGUGAGGUUCUUUGAAAUGUGUCUUUGGAGUGAUUGUGUCAUAGGAAAUAGUUGUGAUUAUAGGGUAUGUAUUCCCUCCUUCUGUGAGCUACAAGACUCACUCAGAUGCCAAACACAAUACUUUAAUUUUUUCAGAUUAGGGAAUGGCCCAGUCACCUUGUGUAUGUCACCCAAACAUAUAUAAUCCUCAGCAAAGGAGGCAUCAAGUAGAGAUGUGUAUGGAGAUGGUUGAUACAGUAAUUAAAACAUUCAAGGAAUAUGCUUCAGGCUCCCCCCUCACUCCUCUCUGAAUGUGGGAAAAGGUGUUUGUGAUGAUCAAUGGCCGAGUUGGUUUGGGUACCGUAACCUCUGUCAACCCACUUUUAAGGCACAUUUAUGUCGUGUUUGUGUCCUACAAAAUGGAUAGAUUCUGGAAAGCAUUUUUGAUUGAUAGAAUGUUGAGAUAUCAGAGAACAUAGACAGGUAGCUAAAUGCUAAGGCCUGAAGAAGAGUAGAGGAAAUGAGGGGAGGAUGAAUGCUAAUGAACUGUGGGUGUGUAACUCUACGAUUGUAAAUAAAUGAUACGGAUUUUGUAAGACGUUGUAAAGUUGAGGAGUAGGAUAAAGCAAGAAAUUAAGGCUCAUAUGUUACUAAAGGAGGUUACUUUUACUGUAAAUAUUCAGUGGAUAGAAAGGGCAUCCAGCUGUAAAACUUGAUCCAAAUUUGUCUGAUGGCCACUAGGAUGCCAUGACAUCAGGUAAUAAUAGCUAACUCACACAAACAUGAAUGUCCAUAAAAUACGGUAGUGAGGAUGAUUGUGAUGAAGAAAGAGUUUGAGUAAGAUGAAAGUAUCUUUGGAGGAAGCCCAACAGUUAUUGUAGACGAAAAAAUUUGGAAAUAUGUGCCUAAGGAGCAAGUUUCAGUGUGGAAAUCUUGGUAAAUGUACAAAACUUGCAGUGUACCGGUAUGUGAAAAGGGGACAGCAUGAAUCAUCCCAGUUUAUGAUGGGAUUUGAAUAUUUAAAAUUGUUGCCAUCUCUCAUUCCACCAUAUAUAGUUGGGAAUGAAAUCUGGUUGAUAGAGAAAUAUACUGUACUGUAGUAGUAGUAAUUUUUGAUACUUUAAUUGUAAAAAGCUACGAGACUUUAGGUUUAUUCACAGUCUUCUAAUGCAUAAGGAAGAAAAGUUACUGAGUGUGUGCAUCCCUCAGUUAAGAGUUCAGGGUCACAUGGCAUUAUUUUCAUUCUCCUCAAUCACAGCCGUCGUGUACUGACUCACUAUCUGUAGAAUUCCUCACUUGUAUCCAUUAACAUGUAUUGAAUUGAAUUGAUAAUUUCUAACGUCACUUUAAACAUUUUUUAAGAGAUACAGCACUGAUAUUCAAACCCGACUGGAAACCACUUGCAAAACAAUAUUUGUUGUCGUGCCAAACCCUAUUUAUAUUAAAAAUGUCAUGUCGCAGCUUCCUUUCUGAAUUCUAGACACUUGUGCAUCCCCCCAUCUAUACACGGCCUCAUAUAUUAAUACAAUAGCAUGCCUUGCUGUGACAAAAUUAUGCCACUUGAGCUUUAAUUUCAAACUAGUUUUGGUCAUCAAAAUAAAUGCUAGUUGGUUGCACCGUCUGCUUUUCUGUUUUAUGCAUUAGCCAUUAUUUUUAUAUCAUGCAGUGUAAGAGAAACACCAAUGAGGAAACUUUGUAUUAUUACAGAAAUGCUUAUUUAGUAUGACAGGCAUACUUUUUUAUGAAUAGGAUAUCUUGGUCAUAGUCACAUUAUUUUUAUUUAUUUAUUUUUGUGUGUAAACCAUUGAUGAGGGAAGAUUAUAGAAGGUAUAGUAAAUGGUUAAAUGGUCUUGUUAUGUACAGUAUUGUAUAAUAACAAUAUCUUUAAUUUUCUUUGAGUGCUGCUUUUUUUUUCCUUCCUUUUAUUUAAGGUGGCUUCUGUUAAUCUCAUUACUGUCAAGCAUUUCUCCAGAGUAGCUUCUUAAGAUUAAUGUAUUCUUUUUUCUUCUGUGGGGCCUUUUUUAGUUUCUUUAUAUUUUAUUCAUGCCAACCCAGCAAUACCAUCAUCAUUGUUAACUUUAUUUUAUUAUCAUGAACACAUUUUUUAGUGGAAUUCACAUGAACUGUGUUUUAUAGCCAUACAGAUAUUUGCUGUAUAUGUACUGUACGUUAACAUGUUUAAUGUAAAUAUUAUAUUGGUAUAAUGAAUAAAGCAAUGUACUUUUA